AUGAGUGUUGCUCAUUACGCAGCUUUUAACCGCCAUGGAAGCGUGAGGUUCCGACUGCAGUCGUACAGAUAUUACAGCCGCACCAUUAAGAUGUUGCAGGAAGCAAUGCAGGUAGAAGGCUCUGCGACUGACGACAAGAUCGUUACAACCAUCUUACUCAUGUGCAUGCUCAAGGACAUCAGCGGCGAGGGAUCUGGCGACUCCCAGGAACAUGCACCAGGGCUCUUCUACCUCUUGGAACAAAGGGGGCCGGGCCAGAUCAUCUCCAAAAUAGGUGCUCAGUUGUUCCUCCUGGCUCAUCUGAGAUUGCAAACCUACUCAUUUCUGAACGAAGACGACAGAUACUGCGACCCUGGAGCAAUAGCAUCAUUGCUAGGCAUGUUUGAUCCCCUCAUCCGGGCAAUGUCUAUGAUGUCCAGAGUGCUGUCGCUCAGAAACACUCUGACGCGCUAUUUGUCCCUCAAUCACGGACAGAGACCAAGUCAGAGUGUUACUCCAGGCUCCCUUGAGGAUCAAACCCCAAACAAGAUCAUAUCGACCAUACGAAAGUGUUUCGAGGCACUUGAGGAUUUCGCCUGUUGGGAUGCCGAAGCCGGCGCAUACUGGGAACAAAGCUUUGUCGGACGUACCGUUCCAACUAUGCUAGGCCAAGUUGCAUUGGGGAUGACAUCCUAUGAUGCUGAUACGGCUUGUAUCAUCAUCUUGAUCCGAUCUCCGCGCCUGAUACUUCUGCUGACUAUGCUUCUGUAUUACGGUAAAACGCAAACCGGCCCUGUUGAAUUCCGUAGUACGCAAGAAGAUAGCGCUGCAUGGGAAGCAUGCGUCUCAUUCUUGGAGGAUGAUGUUCGGAAGACCAUCGACGAUAUCCUCUACAGCGUACCGUAUGCACUAGGGGAUCUUUCUUCAAAUGGACGGCCGGCUUCAAUGCCACAUGAUGGAGCUAGUGCCCUCAUUAUUGUUCAAUCCAUAAGACUCGUCGCCUACUGCGCGUACAGCUCGCCAGAUCAACUUCAGAAAGCUCAGAGCAUACUCAACAGGAUUAAUACGACAAUCGGGAUCAGAUCAGCCCUAGGAUGGGAGGAAGGUGGCACAGCCAAGAUAUCCAAUUGGAUCGCCGAGCAAGAAUUCCUGCGUUCCAUGAUUUCUGCUCGUUCAGAGGAUCUGCUAUUGGUUAGCGACAUGCGAAUUGCUCCAACAUACUGUGAUCUCGGUCAAGCUGAUGUGGAUUGGGACUUGGGAGAGACAGUCUGA